AUGAGCGUCUUUGGUUUGCGGCUUCCCGAGUUUCACUUUGAAAAAGAAAGCCAGGACAAGAGCGAGGGAGAAACAGACGUAACUAGUCUUGGCAGCAGCACAAGCAGCGAGCUCUCUGCAAAGACCGAGAGGCCUGCUACGCCACGUUCCGAGACGAAUAGCGGCAGCUCUGUUACCGGGCAUUGCUAUUCGCACCGUCGUUUCCCUUCUCAGCCCCAGAACAGGCCGAUCCAUCGAAAACCGGUUCCGAGCAAGUCUUAUACCCCCUGUACCCCGCCAAACAAUACCAACGCAGCUCCAACCACCACCACCACUACCACCACCACCAUCAAAAACUACACCAACUCGACCGGCCCCUUUGAGCCGCCUAAUGAACCGGUCAGUAACGUGAAGAGUAACGACUCACCUCUUCAGCCUGUAACCAAUUUCGCGCCUUCCUCACCACCACGCCCACACCACAACGUCUUGGGCUCUCCCUUCCAGCCCAAAAAAGCUCCCACCAUGCCCGUCUCCAAACCCCCUCCGCAGCAGGCCAUACCGGCCAUCCAUCCACGCCUAGCUUCACCUCCCCGCGGCGUACCGGAUGUCAUGACGACGGCAGCUACCCCGGCGGCCACCACAGAACCCAGAAAGCUACAGAGAAACAGAAGCCCCUCCCCCGAAGGCCCUCCUCCAUCGGCGGCGGCCAACAAGCUCCAUGCAAACCGUCUUCACCCUCGUCACCAAUCCCCAGGUGCGGCGCCUAGAGGUCGCAGUGUCUCGGCCCAGCCACCCACAGGAGGAGGACCAAGGGGACUCUCUGUCGAUGCUUCCAGGGCAGUGUCCAACCCACUCGAGUUCCGUGCGGACUCGCAGCCACGGUCCAGCGAAGCAGGAGGGAACCUCAGUCCCACCACUGCGGCCGGCGGUGCUGCCCCUCCAGAAACCAAGAAGAAAGUACGGAAGAGCUGGCUGCCUGGGGCAAGGUCGAGGUCCAACUCGAACGACUUGGGGAAGCCAAAGGGCACAGGAGCGUGGAUCAUGUCGCCGGAUAACCAGGUGGAUUACAAUGUCGCUCCCUUGUUUACCGGGGAUAAGGUCCCCGAGCUAUGGAACGAACAGGGGAAUGUGCUGGUGUACCUGCACCCAAAGGAAAGAGGGCUCGGGCCUUCGUUUAGGGUGCAUGAUUAUGCGUUCAGUUCGUCGUUGAUACUGAACGAGCUGUUGGUGCAGGAGAUGAUGGCCUCGGCGGCGAUGAGCUCCGACUUUUUGGGGGUGGAUGACGCCGAACGGCGCCAACAACGGCCGGGGCUGCAGUCGCGGAAUUCGGGAGGGGGCGGUGGUCUUGUUGCUGAUGGGCACUUGUAUCUGCCUCUUGGGAACAACGAGGUGGACUGCCUCGUGGCGGCGAGAAACCUGUUUGCGUUUUUGACGAACCAGCCUUUGGUCGGGACGCCUCAGCAGCCGACGCUGUUUCAAGCGCUCAUUCAGAUUUCGGAGCAGUUGAGGCAGUUCCAGUUUACGAAUUAUGACGGGACUUCGUACGGCGAGUCGGUGGACGGGUCGUUUGAUAUGCUUCUUGAUCAGUUUCACAUCGCCGAUGUUAGACACAGUCGAGAGAAGACGAUUGAGGGUUUGGUGUUGGGGGAGCACAUGAAGUCUUGGAACUUGUACAACGAAGCGUUUUCUCAUGCGGUGGGGAAGUAUGAGAGCUUGCUUGAGCUUAAACUCCCGCUCUACAACAGCAUCUCGACCGUCACGAGGGAAAGGCUGGAGCGCGCUCAUCUGAGUCUUGCCAACCGCCAGGCCAACGUCCAAGGCCGCCUCGAAAACUUUGAGUAUCCCUCUCUCUUCGCCGGCACCGCCAGCUCCACCUCCAACCCAGACUACCGCAUCGUCCGCUUCAAAGAAUGGCGCGCCGCGUUUUCCAGGAUGAGGACGUUUGUCCUGGGGUACUACAAGGACUUGUUCGGGUCCUGGCCACCAAAGGCGCGCUCGAAAAAGAACCACUUUACCCAGUCUGGUCUCAACCGCCAGUGUCUAAAGAUGCUGUAUUCCGACCUCUGCGCGCUGUAUGACCUCUUGGUGGACAGACAGUCGAUCACGCCCCGGGUGAUCGACCAGGACUACUACGGCGCCGACUCGAAGAACGCAGAGGGAAAAGAAGACAAGAACAAGCCCAGCAUGGAGCUCAUCCCGGCGUGCGUCUCCGCCCUGAGGCAGAUGCUCUCCGAGUUUGAAAAGUCUUCCCCGCCGGUGCUGCCGCCCAUCCCGUUUGACAUACCCAAGAUCCCGACCAUGACGGCCAUCUACGAGACGUACGACAACCUGCCCGACAAGAAGAAGGCCAAGUUUGACAAGGGUUUGCAGGCGCACGAGCUGCAGCUGAUCAUGAUCAAGUCGAGGAACAUGGACACGGACGCGCUGGGCAUGCCUUUUUUGCAGGCGUACAAGGAGUUUGAGCUGAAGGAGGCCAAGGGGGUGCACCCGCACGACUUGAUUGAUCACCGGAUUGGGCACUGGUUGUUUUUGUAUGUCACGCUGCAGAGCCUGCCGAUGCUGGUGGUGGACGCGCCCGGGUUGCAUUACACGGAGGGGGUGGAGUACUUUUUGUGCGAGGCGCCGCAGGGGAACCCGCCGUGGAGGGCCGAGGACGUGGGGGAGGUGAGGAAGAUGUGGUAUCAGACUGCCGAUCAGAAGACUGUGGAGCUGAGCGCGGAUGUGGUGCUCUUUAGUGUGGAGGGGGUUUACAUGAGGAGUCAUUGUUGGCUGGCGGGGAAGGAGUGGGAGGCGCAGAACAAGGAGGGGUGGGUUAAUGGGAAUGGGUUGGCGGUGCCGGGGCCAACGGCGGGACAGAUUGGGGUUGCGCUUGGGGGGGAGGGGGGAGGGCUGGGGACAGAUGAUAUGAUGGUGGCGGGGGGGUUGCCUUUUGCUAGCCCGUUGCAUCCUCCCAGGGCUGUGUUUGCGGAUAUGGAUCCGUUUAAUGCUGGGGUGGGGGGGGGACAUUCGAGAAGGGAUUCGGAUGGGAGUGUUGCUGCGCCGGGGUCAUCGCAGGUGAGGGCACGGAGUGGGAGCCCGGCGCAUCGGGCUAGGCAUGCUUAUCGGGCGAGUAUUGCCAUGGGGCUGGAGCCGUUGCCGCAUGUGGGGAGUGACGCGCCGCCUCUGCCCGGGGACAGGACGUCUCGGGUGCCGAGUGCGGGGUCUGGGUCGAGCAGCCCUGGGUUUACCGGUGGGAUAUACGGGCCGGGCGGGCUGAGGGCGAGCAGGUCGGCGGUGAACUUGACCGGCCAGCAGGGGCAGCAGUGGCAUGUGGGGGAUACGCAUAUGGGAAUGGGAUCUAGGAAGUCGAGUUAUGGUGGUGCUGGGGGUUUGCCCGGGGGGCCACCACCUGCUAUUCCUGCCGCAGGGCAAGGACACUCGAGGGAAGGGUCUCAGGGUGGGAGCACGUUUGAUGAUAUCUUGAAGGGAAUGGACACGGGAAAGAAGAAGAAGAAGGGGUUGUUUUUCUGA